GCGAACAUAUUUUUGCUUCAAAAAACAAACGUAAACAGAAAAUUGUAAAACAAAAUCAGAAGAUUUACAACAAUAUUUGAAUUAAAAAAAUAUGUCGGGAAGUUUAGAAAGUUAUGUUGGUCAGCCAGUUAUAAUUUUGAGCUGUGAUGGACGUUGCUUCAGUGGAACAUUGAAAGGUUUUGAUCAACUAAUAAAUCUCAUCCUCGAUGAUACGCAUGAAAGGAUCUUUUCUACUACAUCAGGAAUGGAGCAAAUUAGUUUAGGAUUAAAAAUUAUCAGAGGUGAUAAUGUGUCUGUAAUCGGACUUGUUGAUGAAGCGAUUGAGAACAGCGUAGACUUCUCUAAAAUCAGAGGCGAGCCUUUAAAUCCAGUAGUUCAUUAAGUUCCCUUUUUUUUUAAUUUUUAUCUUAGAUAAGUUAAAGGAUAAGAUCAUUUUAUUUUGCUUUGAAUUUUUAAAUGAAUUCUCAUUUAUUUACCACUUUUUUCUUUCAUAAAAUUAAAAUCAAUAAAUAACCAAUUGUAGCAAAUACUGGACGGUUGUCACAAACAAAAUUAAUUAUACUUAGUGGAAUGUUUUACAUUUCGAAAAUAUAAUAAUAUUAAAUUCGAAUAAGGAAGAAGAUUCACACGUACAAAACACUUAUAACACAUAUUUCGAACAAUUAAGAGUUAUUCUACUUUUCCCAAAUUACAUCAAUACCUACUUAAUUUUAAGUUAAUUAACUUCCAACCAUACUAUUUUAGCGCCAUAACUUCAUUAAUUAAUCUACUUAUUUUAAACAAUAUUCAUUUCAAUUUUGAUUGUUAAGCAAUCGUUAUUAUCAAUAAAACCACGUUUUAUAAUUUCAUUUAUAAAUGCAUACUCAGUGAAUCCAAAACCGCGUGGUGAAAUGUCUUCUGGUGGUCGAUGGAAAGCUUUGAUUUCGGGUUUACUCAUUAAAAUGUCUGUUUGAUUAAAUGUAGGAUCCUUAUUAAUCAUUGUGAUUUUAAUUCUACCGAUAAAUGGCCAUGAUAGAUGAUAAUCAUUGUCUGAACGCAUUAAAUGGAUGUGAAAACUUAAACAAUCUUUUUCCUUCUGCGACAAAUUGAUUCUGGCACAAAAUUUAUAACCGUUUGGAUCUGUGUAGCACUCCGAACUAUAAUACAUUGUUUGGGGAUUCAAUUGCAUUGUUUCAAACUUUUUUCGGAAGUCUUCAAAUUUCCACACCAAAAUUCCAUUUCGUUUUGUUUCUAAUUGCUCAAGUUUCGCGAUUUUUAAUUCCUGUUCAC